AUCUCUGUACUUUGGAUUUAUGCUAAAUUGCCAUAUCCUCGAAUGGUGGUUGGUUAUGGAUCUUGUCCCCCUUACGGUCGAGGGGUUCCUCCUACUCCAUUAUUUAUGGUCAAUCCAGCUGCCCCUCUUGACAAAAUUUGUGUUCUGAGUUGUGGAAUAUCCACAGGCUUUGGUGCUACCGUGAACGUUGCUAAACCCAAAAAGGGUCAGUCAGUUGCCAUCUUUGGACUGGGAGCUGUCGGCCUAGCUGCUGCUGAAGGGGCACGGGUUUCCGGGGCUUCAAGAAUCAUUGGUAUUGAUUUGAAUUCCAGCAGAUUUGAGGAAGCCAAGAAGUUUGGUGUAACAGAGUGUGUGAAUCCAAAAGAUUAUGACAAACCUAUUCAACAGGUGAUUGCUGAGAUGACAAAUGGAGGAGUGGAUCGUAGUGUUGAAUGCACUGGGAGCAUCCAGGCUAUGAUUUCAGCAUUUGAAUGCGUUCACGAUGGUUGGGGUGUUGCUGUGCUAGUUGGUGUCCCGAGCAAAGAUGAUGCAUUCAAAACAAGUCCAGUGAAUUUCCUAAAUGAGAGGACUCUCAAGGGUACCUUCUUUGGCAACUACAAACCCCGCACCGACAUUCCCAAAGUUGUCGAUCAAUACAUGAACAAGGAGCUAGACCUGGAGAGACUGGAGAAGUUUGUAACCCACUCUGUGCCUUUCUCGGAGAUCAACAAAGCAUUUGAGUACAUGCUAUCCGGCCAAGGUCUCAGGUGCUUGAUUUACAUGGAGCAUUAGAUAACGGAUCCACUGGUGUGGCUCCGGCGCUUCUCAAAGCCAAAAUCCCUUUUUUCCCAUUUGUAGCCAAAUGGUACUAUGUUCCUUUUAAGUUUUCUCGGUUUUGUGGAGCAAAUAAGCAGCGGUUUCGAUAUGGUGAAUAGUGAACUUGGUGUGGUUUAUAAAUUUUAUAAAUAUAUGUAUGUUGU